AUGGCGCAAGGGCUGAUCUCUGAUCAUCGAGUUGUCUAUGGGACUCUACAAUCAGAGCAACCGUCAGACCGCGUCCUAGAGGUCGAAGGAGGUAAUGAUGAUAUCAAUGCUGGAUUCGGAGGCAAGCGAGUAGCAUUUGUCUGGCUGGUCCCUGUGUAUACGGCGGACCCCAGCAACGCAGCUUCCGCCUUUGAUGUUGUCAUUCAGUCCAGCGAGGACCCGAAUAGGAAUGACCUCGCGGCCGGGGCGGGUGGUGAUUUUCGCUAUCUUUUACCGAUCACUACUGGAGCCCGACAGAUCGCGAGUGUUGCCCUGCUGCGGAGCAAGGAAAGCGUUGACAGUAUUCCUCCUGGGUAUGACGGGAAGACUACGGAUAUCAACAAAGGUCGUGGCGGCGACUUUCUUUACCUUCUUUGGCAGUGGAUCUAG